UCAGUCUCCCCUUCAAACAUUGGACAUCAGUACUUUUAUUCUUUUCUGAGUUUCAAGCUUACUACCUAUUGUUGUUCCACCAUGAAGGCUGGAAUACCAGCCUUUAUAGCAGGAAUUCUUGGUGGCAUUGGUGUUCUACUGUUUCUCAUAGCUUUUGGGACAGAUUAUUGGCUCCUAGCAACAGAGACCUGUGGAAUCUUUGAACCUGAAAAUAAAACUCUACACACCACAAAGGAUGUGGUUUUGAGAGAGGUCAGAAAAGAGAUCCUCACUUUCCACCAUGAAGGUUUCUUUUGGAGAUGCUGGUUCUAUGGCGAGGAUUAUGAGGAGACCAUAUGGAACUUCUGGUUCACUAGCCAAGCACAUCCCAAGUAUUGCAUGCAUGGCUACCUGUUUCCUAUGCCCAUUGCUCUUGGACCUUUCCCACAUCCUUCCUAUGAUGCAACCGCAGUGUACAGAGGUUUCUGGACUGCAUUCAUCGUACUAGCUGUCGCUGCCAGUCUGGUGGGAGGAUUCCUGUUGGUGUGUGGUGUGCCCUUUUUCAAUGCUAGAUUCUAUAAAGUAGGAGGUGGAUUCCUCAUCACAUCUGGAGGUUUAUUUUUCCUGCUCAUAUUUCUCUUUGUGAUGUGGAAGGAGUUUGCAGCUGAUCUCCAGAAAUACAUACUUCUGGAAAGAAGUGAAAAAUGCAUGGACGAUGACCCUGUAAAUGUGUAUUAUGGAUGGUCAUUUAUGUUUGCUGCAGCUGGGGUUCCCUUGGUUUUACUUUCUGGACUUCUCUUUUAUCUUGUUGGCCGAAGCAUUCUGCCGGCAGUGGAGUAAACAAGCUGUUCGGCUGAAAAAUCCUCUGAGAAGAUCUUUGAAACCACUUGAAAAUGAGGACAUAACUGUUUGGGGGACUAGACAAUUUUUGUAGCUUAGGUGCUUGAUCGAGGGUCAUUGUUAAAUGAUGCUAAGGAACACUGGAAAUAUACACCCAGUCAUUUCAAAUAGAGCUGAUUCUGAACCAAAACCCCAGUGCCAAAAUAUCCAAGUAGCUUUCCCAUCCUUCUCAUGGGAAAGACCAAAGGUCCAGAUACAAACAUGUAGACCUGUAAAAACAUAAAUGUUCAGAUUCAGACCCAAAUUUUUCAGCUCUGAUUCAAUUCUCACUUCAAAGUCAAUGUAAUACUCUUCAUUUUGUAAUAGACUGGGCAUAUCUAAAACCUGGCUGUGGGCUUCAAUAUUUAUAAAUAUUCAGCGGAAUAGGGAUAGUAUUUUGACAUUUCUAGCACCCUCAUUUCUUGUUAAAUGUAAUCAAAUCUGGCUAUGAUGUCUUUUUGUGAAAACUAAUUAGGAUCAUUUUUUGAGUGAGCAAGCUCUCAUUGACAUUAAAGGACAACUAUUACAUGGCUUUUAAAUACAACAGGAAAAUGAUUUGUCAGGAAGGUACAAGAAUUUUUUGGCUCUUUUUAGGUCCCAAACCUGCAAAGACAGAUGCACAUACCUAACUUUAAAUAUGUGAACAGCCCUCCACCUGUUACAUGCAUAAUAAAACAUAUGAUUAAUAUCAUUUAUCAGUUAUUUAUGGUAUUACCCACUGUGUGCUAGGUGUUUUCCAAACACUCAAGAAAUAUUGUCGCUGUGAAGAGUUCACAGUCCUAGGACAGAGAAGUAGACGGAAUUUAAAGAAAUGGGAAUGGGCACAACAAUAUUAUUAUUAGUGUUUGUUUGUUUCAGUAGUGACUUGAGGCCAACUGAGAACAGGCUCCCAUUGUGCUAGGCGCUGUACAAACACAGAAUAAGAAACGGUCCCAAAUAAGCAGAUAAAAGAUUUUAAGUGUCUGGAUUUACUCAAGUGCAUAAGGUUUGCAGGUUAGUUACAGUAAAACGUGCUAAUUUGAAUGCACUGUAUACAAGACAAUUGAGAUCCAAAAGGCAAACUAGUUUAUAUUUGUACUAUACAUGAGGCUUUGUAAAAAUAUUGGAGUAAUGGCAAGAUUUGGUGCUGUCACUAUGUGUUUUGGGUUUGAUCUCAAUGCUUUGAAGUAAUUUUUGCUAGGCCCUUGCUUGUUUUAACAAUUUGCAUAAUGUUUGAAUCAAACUUACAAAAUUAUGUGCUGAAUUCAUGAAUGCCAUUAUUUGUACUAAACAUAUAUCUUUAAGCUAUAUGCCAUGCAAUUGACUAUAUGUAGUUAAUUAAUAAUGUGAUGGAAAUCUGUUGUAGAAUGCAGUGAAAAUUGUUGGAGAUACACAUUAUUUAUUAUUACUCUUCCGAAAAUAUUAUGAAAGUCGCAGGAGCAAGUUCUAAUCACUCAUUUACAAAAUCCAUGGUAAUUUGUAAUUCCAAUGUAAAAAAUAAUGAAUAACAGACUUGGUCUGUAGUUCUCACUUAAGUAAAACUCUCAUUGAUCCCCAUUAAUGGGAGCUUUGUUUGAAUAAGGAUGGAGAUAAACAAUAUCUCUUAUCCUACUCCAGCAAAUAGAUAUUUCAUGACAUUUAGAAAUACACAGGUAUUUAAAUGUUUUAUUUGUCAAUUUUAAAGGUUUUUUUAAUUAUAUUCAUUAGAGUUAUGCUUGUGCCCCAUCGGUUCUUCAGGUGAUAAUUUCUCACUAUAAAUUCUCUCUCUUUGGAUAAUUUUUGUCAUUUAAUUAUCUAGUCAGUGGGAAGCUGAACACUUAUGGCCACAAAGAAUAAAAGUAUGUAAUCUGGGAGCAGAAGAGGUCAAGAUUUACAGUCACUUGCCUUUUGCUGAUCCCAUAAAACAAUCCAAGCAUGCAGAAAUGAUGAGCCCAUACGAGACACCAGGGCAGAAGUACGAGAAUGCAGCAAGAAAUCCAUCAGACUUAUUGAUAUCUACGAAACAAAGGAUCCCUGAAGUUGUGAAUAGAGAAGUGAAUUUUAUAAUAUAGAAUGAAAUAUUUAUUAACUUUCUCCAUCUGUUCUUUAAAAAAUUUAGUUUAAUGUCAUCAAGGCAUUUAUGGAAUACAUUUAGUUUAAUCACGCAUUCAUGCCUUGGGGAGUAACCGUCCCUUGGAGACCUACUCAUUCUGGAUCAGUCUAGAACAAGCAGUAGUUUAAAACUCAACCACUCUUUUAGAAAACACGUGACUUAGACUCAUGUCACAAUAACUUGGGUUUUAAAACUUUUUGUAUUUCAGGCAUUGUGAAUCAUGAAGCCAAGGCAAUAGAUGCUAUAUACACUCGAGAAACAGAGUAAAAUAAUGCAUUAGAUCCUAUGUUAAAAUGCAUCAUUUAUGGCUGGCUUAUAUGUUGACCAAACAUGCCAUUCUUUUGGGCUACAGAAAAGAUUAGUUUAUUUCUCAGCUCUUGUGUUGCCUAAGCACAGGAUAACUUGUCUGGACAAAAUUGUCGUUCUGAGGAAUUGUUUCUUCUGAAGAGGAAUUUUCAGAGAGAAUCUCAUGGGUUCAGCGACAUAGUUUGGAAAUUAUAGGUUCCUCAAUCUCUGUUAUCUGUUGGAUUUGAAGGCGGUUGAUGAAAAGCUUAAGUGGUAUGGUAACAAGGUUAUGGGUUUGAUUCUGAUCUGACAUGCACCGGUGCAAUUCCAGUGAAAUCAGUGGACUGUAUAAAAUUGGUAUAAUUGGAUCAGAAUCAGGCCUAAUAAAUACAUUUUCAAAAAUGCAUAAAUAAACUUGUGAUUUCAUAUCAUGCUAA